AUUACACACUCCUCCAAGCCUUGCUGCUGGGUGUAUUACGGUAUUAACAGUGUUGCCUUGUAUGGAUGAGAGUUUCCCAGCUCCAGCUCGUUGUCUGUGUGUUUCGCACUGUGAUGUGUUCUUGUUUUGGGACCACAAUUAAAUAGCCAGCUAGCGGGGUGUCACCAAACUGGGAACUGCCCUGGUGCAUGUCCGUGCUAAGGCUCUCCGAGGCGAGGGAACUCCAAACUCCGAAAAUUGCGACAAUCGUGGACUCGCCGCUGAACGCAACUCAAGCAAACUGCUGUAUCUGACCAGCUGGGAAACAUGGCUGCCAAACCACAACCUCCUCUGGUGAAGAAGCACAGUCAAACCGACCUGGUGAGCCGGCUAAAGACCAGGAAGAUCCUUGGUGUCGGUGGAAAGGACGAUGAUGGAGAAGUUCAUCGGUCAAAGAUUAGCCAAGUGCUGGGAAAUGAAAUGAAAUUCACCAUGCGAGAGCCUUUGGGUCUCAGGAUAUGGCAAGUGGUGUCAGCUAUCAUGUUCAGUGUUGUUGCCAUAAUGGCUCUCAUCUUUCCUGAUCGUCUAUAUGAAGUUGUCUUUGAUGAAGACGGGACCAGCACUAAAAUGUCAGUGAGACUGUAUGGCGGGGCCCUUCUCAGUAUUUCCCUGAUCAUGUGGCAUGCUUUAUACACGGUCGAGAAGCUGAUCAUUCGGUGGACGCUCCUCACAGAGGCCUGUUAUUUCACAGUGCAGUUUAUAGUUACAACCGUCCCGCUGUUUGAAAAGGGAACACUACCCCAGGGAGCGACUCUACUGCAAUUGAGCCGAGGUCUCUUCAUCCUCAUCAGUGUCUAUUUCUAUUACCAAGUUGGCCGAAAGCCCAGAAAGAUAUGAGGAGUUUGCUGGGCCAAGCUAUUCUAUGCGAUGGGAUUGAGCUGCUCGGUGGAUGGCUGCAAGGCAAGAGACUAGGAAUGACUGACUGUCCUCCCAAAAUGUAUUUCAUAUUCCACAUUACCUUUUCCUGUUUCUCGGUCGGACUUUAGCCUUUCCAGAUUUGUUGUAUUCUGAAGAUUUUGUUGUAUCCUGUCCCUGUGCAUGUGCAGCAGCAGCGUGACAAUAUUGGAUUCAUUACCUCAAGAAUAACUAAUAAAAGAGUUUUGCGA